GUCAAGUGCAUUCUCACUCAGCUUCUCCGCCGCCAUCUCUCAGCAUCUUUGCCUCCGUCUCUUCCGUAUCCGCCUCCAAAUCGCCGUCAGUUGCCUUUCUUGAAUUUGUGCUGUCUGGUGGGACAAGUUCUAAUCUACUUUAUUCCAAGGCAAGGAAAUGGCGAGCACUGCCUGCUUUAUAAUCGUGAGUAGGAACGACAUUCCCAUCUAUGAAGCCGAAGUUGGAUCUGCUGCUAAAAGAGAAGAUGCUGCUCAGUUGCACCAAUUUAUAUUACACGCAGCGUUGGACGUCGUACAGGACCUUGCAUGGGCUACAAGUGCCAUGUUCUUGAAGUCAGUCGACAGGUUUAAUGAUCUGGUAGUGUCCGUGUAUGUUACUGCUGGCCAUACACGAUUUAUGCUCCUUCACGAUUCACGUAACGAGGACGGCAUCAAGAGUUUCUUCCAGGAGGUGCAUGAGCUUUAUAUAAAGAUUCUUCUCAAUCCUUUGUACUUGCCCGGUUCCCGUAUCGUCUCAUCGCAUUUCGACACAAAGGUCCGUGCACUCGCAAGAAAGUAUCUGUAGAGAAAAAGGGGUUUGCACAAUUUCGAAACGAGCCCAGCAUUUUUGCAGCGUUUCUCCGAGAGCUUUUACGCUUCGGCAUGAUGGAUAAUCCGAGGUUUUUCUUCUACUCCGAGUCACGAUUGAUAUAUCGGUUACGGUACCUCGUCA